AUGAAGUCGUUACUGCUACUUCUAUUAGCUCUCUGUCAAACUGUCUUUGGUACGAUAUGGGAACUCACGGACAAAAACUUUGAAAAAAAAGCUUUUGGGCAGCAAGGUAUGUACUCCUUCGUGUACAUCUACUCCCCUUAUUGCAAUUAUUGUAACGAGAUGACACCUCAAUUCGCUGCACUAGCUGAUUUAUACGACGACACCAAGUUGCAACUAUUCCAGAUUAAUGGGUAUGCCAACAAGAGGGUCUCAAAGAAAUACGAGGUAGUCGGGUUUCCUGUUUUGAAGAUUUUUUCAUCUGAUGGAACCGACAUGGGGUCUUAUACCGGUGUCAGAGGCACUCAGAACUUCAUUGAUUAUAUUCAUGAAGUUACAGGGGUUACUCCAAGCUUUCCAGACUCUUAUGUCAAACAGCCUACUUCAGAGGAGCUAGAAGAUAUCAUAAAAGACACUAAGAGGGAUAUUCUCGUUGCUUUUUCACAGCCUUGGCUUAGAGGCUGGGAGUUCCCUUACACAAACUUUUACGAAUCUCUGGCAAGAUAUUAUGCUGAAGAGCUUGAUGACUCUUUGACUACCUUCGUCAGAAUAGACGUCUCCGACGCCAAGAAUGCUGAGAUUGUUUCGAAGUUUCAAGUUUCAAAAACUCCUUCAGUUUUCCAUUUUGCCUCUUAUCGUGAAUAUUAUGAUCAAACACAUAAGCUUUUCAAAGAAGAUUUGGGCCCCGUGGAAAUUGUUCAAUUGCUAGAGGGUGCUGAGGACUUAGUUACUGAGAGCAUUAGGCUGUCAACAUUAUCAGACUCUCGCCACAAAGAUGUUGAGGAGUCUGGGGAAGCAGAUAAUUCCUUUGAAGAGUAUGCCCAACUAAGGGAAUUGUAG